ACAGUAAUGUGGAGGGAAACACAAUUAUUUUCCCAUGUAAAGAGGAUCUAAUGUCCUACAAGAUCUUAGUCAGCACUCUGGUCACCGCUGGCAGGCUGGUCAGUGGGGGUUUUCCUAUAGGUCAUUUUUCUCACAUCUUUGUGGAUGAGGCAGGACAUGCUGUGGAGCCAGAGGCCAUCAUCAGUGUGGCAGGACUGCUGAAUGCAGAGACUGGACAGCUUGUUUUGGCUGGAGAUCCCAAGCAACUGGGGCCAAUCCUGAGAUCUCCUUUUGCCAUUAGAUACGGACUUGGUCUUUCCUUGCUGGAGAGGCUGAUGACACAGAAUGAACUUUACCAGAAAGGUACUACUGGAUACGACAACCGUUAUGUAACCAAGCUGUUGCGGAACUACAGGUCUCAUCCAUCCAUUUUGAAGAUUCCUAAUGAGAUGUUCUAUGAUGGGGAGUUGGUGGCAUGUGCAGAUGAGAUGAUCUCCCACCAGUACUGCAUGUGGGAGCACCUGCCAAAAAGUCAUGUACUAAUCUGAACGAUGCCUGAAACUUCGUAUUAACAGCACUUCCUGUGUUUAUUUGCCUCUUUAUGAUGAAUCGCUUGUUGUAUUCCUCAAUUGAAUAUGUUGGGAUACACAUAGCAGGGUUUCUGCAGUCCUUAAAAAAAAUCUUACAUUUGGUUUGCUAAAAUUUAAGACCGUAAAGAGUCUUAAACAGUAUAACAAAAGUGUUAAGUAUUUAAAGAAGUCUUAAAUUUGGGUCGCUGUGAUAUGGAUAUGUGAUUAUUAAACAUCAAAAGGCUGAUUCAAUUAAAUAAAUGUGCACACUGCACAUUUCAAAAUAAUGAAUACGAUUGCUUAUGAUGCACCAUUGAUAAACUGACAAUGUUUACAUUAUGGGUUUUAUAUUAUUUUGUAGAUGGUUGUGUGUCUCGUCUUUUUGAAUGAGCAGCUGGAAGUAGUAAAGCAUAGACAUUACAAAAUAAGAAUGAUUUAUUUUGAUAUUGUUUUGUUUUCUGUACCGGAAUGUAUUCAUUUUAUUUGUGCAGGUCUUAAAAAAGGUCUCAAAGCCUUAAAUCUGAUUUCGAAAACCUGCUUAUCUUCAAAUACCGCUCCCAUUCACUUUUAAACAUUGUCCACCUCCUCCUCAAGGGGUAUCCGGUCACACAUGCCCGCACACACACAAAUCAUCAGUGUAAGGAAUGUAAAGGCCAGAAACUGAGAUAACUGCCUUUUUGAACUUGGUUGUAGUUCAUGGUUACAUUUGGUGCUUAGGAAUGUGACAUUUUUCAUUAACCAGUCUCCACUUGUUCUUUGUAAUGAUGAUGUUACUGUUUAUAUCUAGAAAGUUCAACUCAAAGACCUCUUUUUGAAUGUGUUGUAGUUUUGCACUGAUAAUUAUAGUAUGAUUGGUUUCCCUUUGAACAUUUUGUAGCUUCUGGAGAUGUCACAUUGUGCUCUGCUCUGUGCUGCAUUUUCAGGGAUUUCCUGUGAUUUUUCAUGGAGUGAUUGGAAAGGAUGAGAGAGAGUCAAACAGUCCCUCCUUUUUCAACACUUCUGAA